AUGUUUCCAGCAGUGGUCUUGCUCUUACUCCUGGUUGAACAAGCAGCGGCCCUGGGAGAGCCUCAGCUCUGCUAUAUCCUGGAUGCGAUCCUGUUUUUAUAUGGUAUUAUCCUCACCCUGCUCUACUGUCGACUCAAGCUGCAGGUGCGAAAGGCAGCUACAGCCAACUAUGAGAAAUCAGAUGGCAUUUACACGGGCCUGAGCACCCGGAACCAGGAGACUUAUGAGACCCUGAAGCAUGAGAAACCGCCACAAUAA